AUGGCUCGAAACUACAGUGCUUCCCAAUAUGAAAAAUCUUUUACACCAAAACGUUUACAAAUGUAUCAAGUACCAAAAGAUCCUCAACCAGGCGUGCAUCCAGCUGCAAUAGUAUCAACAGACAGCCGUAGUUUUGUAGCUAAUGAUCAUGGACGUCUUUUACCAGGUGUAGAACGAUCAAAACGAUCACCAUUUGGUGAAUAUAUUGGAACAUGGGAUUUACCAAAAAGAAUUCCUGGACCUUAUCACGUUCAUCCUAUGGGACGGACAGAAAAGAAUUUUAAUACACUUUGUGCGCAACGUGAUGAAACAAUUCAAUCAAUGGAACAAGCACGUACAUACGAAAAAAAUAAUUCGUGUGGUCACAAUUCAUCAUAA